UUCACAAUAAAUAAGAUUUUAGUUUAGAAAUUUUUAAAUUAUUGUAAAUGAAUAAAGAAACAGAUCCUGAUAGAAGUUCAUCCGACGAAUGCAAUGAUGAAGAUAAAACAUCAAAAGAUAAAAUGUUUAAAAAAUCUAAAUCUGAAGGUAACAUGACAUGGGCAGAAGCUGCAGAAAAGGUGUUAUCAAAUUUUGAUUAUCCUUUACCACAUAAAGAUAUUCUAAAGCAUAUACAAGAAGGCAAUUUGAAACAAGUUGGACGUGGCCAUUCUGCCCCUCUUGCUGUUUUGAAUUCAAUGUUAAAUUCACACUCUCGUGGUCCUGAUGCUGUUUUCUAUCGUGCUGAAGGGGCAGCAUGUUUUGGAUUAAAUAAAAAUAGAACUAAGACACAUGAGGUAGAUACACAUCUGAAACCUUUGGAUGUCCAAUCUUCAUCUUUAAGAAACAGAAGUUCUCUAAUUACAUUUGAUUCUUUGAGAUCUGCAAAGACUUAUGUUGAGUUUAAAAAGGAAAAAGAAGAAAAAGAACAGAAAUACAAUCCACCUCGUGCAUUAAAGAUACCUGGUGAAAUUAGUAACUUAUCUACUUCUCAUCCUAAGAAACAGCUUAUACCUCCUGGAAAUGAUUAUGAUUCCUCAAAACGAUCUGAUAAUAAUCUGCCUAUCAUUGGCAGUUUAUCAAAAGAAGCUUAUGACAGACUUAAGCAAUAUCCACAUCACAGGAGAAUGGGCCCAACUACAUCUGCUCUUGUUCGACCUGCCCCACCGUUUUCUAGACCUCCCCCAGGAGCUGCAUUAAGAGUAAUGCCACCUAAAAAAAGAAUAAAGUUAGAAGAUGAUAAUGAGGAAAAAUUAAACUGCACUCCAAAUGUAUCAAAAAAUAUUUCUCUGGAUGUAUCCAAAAACACUUCUCUGGAUGUAUCCAAAAACACUUCUCAAAGUGUAUCUAAAAACAGUUCACUAAAUGUAUCAAAAAACAGUCCACUGAAUGUAUUUAAAAACAGUUCUCUUAAUGUAUCCAAAACUAGUUCUCUGAAUGUAUCUAAAAACAAUACACUAAAUGUAUCCAAAAACAAUACACUAAAUGUAUCCAAAAACAAUCCUAUGAAUAUAUCCAAAAACACAGCACUAAAUCUAACAAAAAAUGCCAAUUUGUGUUUACCUAAAAGGACAGAUAUAAUAAAAAAAGAACAAAUCAUAAAAAUGGAUAAUAAAAAGAAUGAAAAGCUUGUUCGUAGAGAGGUAAUCAAAAUGGAAAAUGUUAGAAGAAGUUCACCAGUUAAUCAGAAAGUCUUAAAGUCUAAUGGUUUUCAAAAGGUUUCUUCUAAGAAUGUCAUAGUUCAAAAGUUAACACAGCGGCAACAAAAACCCUUGCAAAAAUCACAUUCAUCUCAUACUCAAAUAAUUGCAAAAAAUAAGAAAAAGUUUCAUUCAAAGCAAAUUCAACGUUCCUCACUGCGCCCCACCAUUUCGACUAUAUCUAAACAACAAGAAUGUAUUACAGAUACAUCUGAUGAUAAAAAUAAACCACCAUCUUUUCUCGGAGUAAAGUUCAAAAGAAUGAAAAAAGCAAAUCUUGCUAAUCAAAUUAAGAGAAGCAAAGAUGGUAAACUAGAUUUGAUGAGACCAGAUUCAAUUCUAACAUCUAUUCAUUUAAAAGAUUGUAUCAAUGAAAGAACAUUCAACUCUUUACCUCCUGCUUAUCAAUACCAACUACUUAUGUUGUUGCCCGAUGUAGAUAGAAAAAUUGACAAAGAUGGGGCUCUAAGACUAUCAGCACAUGCAUUAACAAAUGAGUUUUUUACAAGAGCUUGUCAAGAUUAUAAAGAUAAACUUUUAGAUGGUGAAUUCAACUCUGAUAUUUUACAACGAGCAAAGAACGAAGUGCGUUUUCAAACAAAGCUUGACCCUUGGAAAGUCAAGUUUUUUGAACCUGUUUACGGUAUUUCGUCAUCGAAUAAUGAUGCAGGCAAUGAUGUCAUUUUGCAACCUAUUGAAUCGUCGUGGGUUACUUUUUUAAAAUUUGCUGAAAACUCUACUGCUGACUUUGAUGAAGCUUUAAAAAAGAUUCAAUCUGAAGUCAAAAGAGAUGCAAAAAGCUUUCAUACUGAUUUUAUAGAAAAAAAUGAAAAGGAAGAUCGUGAUUGGCUAUUGCCGAAAUCUGCUGUUAAAGACCGUUCUAACUGUUCCCGUACCAGUUCGCGUCAUUUAAAUAUGCUUUCGCCUCUUACUUUAAAGCCUAAAACAAUUACUGAGGAUUUUAUGAAAAGUAGAAGAGCUAUCAAAAAAGCUCAGUUGUUACAACGCAAAAAAUUUGACAAACAACUUAAAGAUGCGAAAGCCAAAAUAGUAGAAGAUGCGCGAUGCGGCUCUUUAAAGGUAGACAAUUUAAAAGUACAAAAACUUAACGAAAAUGUUAUAAACGAUAAAAAUAUAAGUGCGAAAACUGUUUCAUCACUAGAUCUUCUUGCAAGAAAUGGUAUAUUAACAUGCCCACCAGAAGACAAUUGUAAUUUAACCGUAGAUUGUACAAUAAAAUUAAAUAAUUCACUAGAAGAUAAAACGAUUUCAGACAAUAUAAAAAAUCAAAAUGUCGGUAUUUUAGACCUAUGCGACAAUUCAGUUUUGAAAAAUUUAAUUCAUAAAAAAAACGAAUUAAAACCAACACCGAAAUUAAAAAAUGCACGUAGAAAAGCUGUAAAAGGACCGUUUAAGUCAGAAAUUACUCGUAUACUACACGGACCAGCCAGUUUUGGAACAAACGACGAAGGGAAAUGCUCUUGCAACUUAAGCCCAAUGGCCGUAUGCAUACAAUGUGGUUCAUUUUGGCACGGAGAGAGUUUAGACAGCGAUAGUAACUGCGUCUUAUGUACUUCGUAAAGUAGAAAAAUGCACUUUAUAAAGCAAAAGAAUGCUUUAAAAAGAAUAAUAUUCGUAAAGAAUUUGUGAAAACAUUUCGUUACUUCGUAUUUUAUAUUGUUAAUAAUUGCAUCGUAAUUUGUAAGCAAAAAAAUGA